UUUCACUCCAUCCAAUCAGAAACGGAAGGAUCUGAGGCUCUCUUUAAAAGUUCGGCCAAAGCAAAAGCUGUUUGUUAGGAGGAUGAGAGACAAACAUACAGGAUUAUUUUCUAAAACCCUUUGGAAAUACUGGCACUCGUAUAGUGACUAUUUAUUUUCGCUGAUAGGUUUGAUAUAGCACAACCAUGGCCACUUCAGCCAGUUCCAACCUGAGCAAAGCUGUGAAACAGCAGUACAUGGAUCUCCCUCAGGGAGACAAGGUUCAAGCUAUGUACAUUUGGAUAGAUGGAACCGGAGAGGGAUUGAGAUGCAAGACCAGGACUCUAGAUUCAGAACCCAAGACCAUUGAAGAUUUUCCUGAAUGGAACUUUGAUGGCUCCAGCACAUAUCAGUCGGAGGGGUCCAACAGUGACAUGUACUUGAUCCCAAAAGCCAUGUUUAGAGAUCCUUUUAGAAAAGACCCCAACAAACUGGUUUUGUGUGAAGUCCUGAAAUACAACCGCAAACCUGCAGAAACCAACCUUCGUCAGAUGUGUAACAAGAUCAUGGAUAAGGUGCAGAACCAGCAUCCUUGGUUUGGAAUGGAACAAGAGUACACUCUUCUCGGCACAGAUGGUCAUCCAUUUGGUUGGCCCUCCAAUGGCUUCCCUGGACCUCAAGGUCCGUACUACUGUGGUGUGGGAGCUGAUAAGGCCUAUGGGCGAGAUGUUGUAGAAGCUCAUUAUAGAGCCUGCCUGUAUGCUGGAGUAAAAAUCUGUGGUACCAACGCUGAAGUCAUGCCUGCACAGUGGGAAUUCCAAGUUGGCCCUUGUGAGGGCAUCGAGAUGGGAGACCAUUUGUGGGUUGCCCGCUUCCUCCUGCACAGGGUUUGUGAGGACUUCGGCAUUGUGGCUUCUUUCGACCCAAAGCCCAUUCCAGGGAACUGGAAUGGAGCUGGCUGCCACACCAACUUCAGUACAAAGGAGAUGCGUGAGGAUGAGGGUUUGAAAUACAUUGAGGAGUCUAUUGAGAAGCUGGCCAAGAGACACCAGUAUCAUAUUCGUGCCUAUGAUCCUAAAGGAGGGCUGGACAAUGCCAGACGACUGACUGGCCAUCACGAGACUUCCAACAUCAACGAGUUCUCUGCUGGAGUGGCAAACCGUGGUGCUAGCAUCCGAAUCCCGCGAUCUGUAGGCCAGGAAAAGAAGGGCUACUUUGAAGACCGUCGUCCCUCAGCUAACUGCGAUCCGUACGCAGUCACUGAAGCUCUUAUACGCACAUGUCUGCUCAACGAAGAGGGUGUCGAGCCUGUGACAUACAAGUGAAAUACUGGACUGAAGCGUUAUUUUUAAUUUUGUUUUUUUAGUAAUGAAAUAUCUUACUGACGCCUUGUUCAUUAGUCCAUCUGAAAUGAGGGAUGACACUAAAUGAAUCAUUUCCCUGUUUGUUGGUUGUAGAAACGCACAUUGGGUCUUUUUAUGCCACGAUUUUAGCUUUCUUACUGCCACUGUCUUUAUUUUUUUUUUAUUUUAUUUUAUUUUUAAACAGUUUUGUGGAUGUAAUGAUAUCGGAUUCUGGCAUAAAUCCUAGUCUGAUAGAGACCGAGCUUUGCAUCUAAGAUUACUACUACUACUUCUACUCCUGCUACUACUACUACUACUACUACUACUACUACUACUACUACUACUUGGCCUUUAAAGCUGUUUUUGUGUGUCAAACUUUGAUUUUUUUCAAAUUUAACAUGGGUUUUAUAAACUAACUGUAGAUAUUUUAAUGCUUUAUUGUAGUCCGUUUUAGAACUUUAUUCACGGGUUAUAAAUUAUGGUACUGUUUUUCACAGGGACCAAAAUGCAUUUAUACUGAUGUGACUGACUGUUGCCUUCACAGGUUUGUGCAUUUUAUAUUUGCAGUACCAUGGUUAAAAAAAAAACAACAAAACAAAACACUUGUCUCUUUACAUUAAAACACCAAGAAUUUUACUAAAA